AUGACAACGGCUAUCAUCUCCACAUUUACACAGCAACAACAAAACACUUCACCCUCCUCAUUAUCAUCAUCAGCUCAAAUUCCAUUCUUCCAAAUGCUAGUCUGUGAUCCGUCCUUAUCAAAUUCUCUUCACACAACUAAAUCAUCACGAAAACCUUCUCAGACACGUUCACGAAGCAGCUCAACGCAACGAAACCAGCCACAGACAUCAAUACAACCUCAAACAACACCAUUAAUCCCGCCUCUUGGGAUACGUGUUCCACAAAUUGCAAGAAAAGAGAAUGGACAGCUUGAAUUAUUUCGAAGUGAACCAAAUGCUGAUCUUUCUAGUAUGUUUCCAAAUAAAUCAACAAAAAUUUCAACAAAUCUAGGUCAACUUCGACAAAUGGCGGUGAAAGAUACUGACGACAUUAGAUUACUACGUACAAUGAAUGAAGCACAAUAA